AUGGGUUGGUGUAACUUUUCGUUUCGUCCACUUAUGUGUACUUUGUUUGUGCUCUGGACUAAUUCCUGUUUGAAAGAGCACCAGGUUUGUAGUAUCUUAUUAUCCACAAAAUUAGAGAUUGGCAUUGGCCUUCCUAGUCUUUCCACGCGGCAGUCCAUUUGGUAUCCUCUUUCAAACAACUUUGUUCCUGUACGAACCAUGCCUGCGUUCAUGUUCCCUUUGAUUCUUCCAAACAUGGAGAGCGCCAUAUAUACAUGGAUGAAAGUCAGUUCCAAACUUGUCAUCGUCAAUGAGUUUUAG